AUGUCCUACCCCUCCACCACCCAAGAGUAUCUCGCAUACAAGGAGAGCAUGGCGGACAGCCACGAGCCCACGCGAGGCGGCCGCAUCCUCGGCUGCUCCGCAGCGAUGGCGGGCGCGGCCGUCAACGGGUAUACUCUCUGUGUCGUCUCUGGCGCGGUGCCGCAAAUCACGGAAGCGUUCAGGCUCUCGUUGGACGAGAAGGCGGCGGUCGUGUCGGUCAACGUCAUCGGAGCCAUGCUCGGCGGGCCGCUGGGCGGCGCUGUCGCUGACUCGCACGGCCGCCGCUACGGCCUCGCGCUCGCCAGCUUUGCGUUUGCCCUGGGCGCGGCACUGAUGAUGAUGACUCCCGGCUUCUACGUCCUCCUCCUCGGCCGCUUCGUGGCCGGCGUGGGCACCGGGCUGUCCGGCGUCCUCAGCCCAAUCUACCUCUCCGAGGCGCGCUCGCCUGCACAUAGCCGGGCUCGCCUCUGA